AUGACAGCUGGAACUGUUGUCAUAACUGGAGGAAUACUGGCCACAGUGAUACUUCUGUGUAUCAUAGCUGUGCUCUGCUACUGUAGACUCCAGUACUACUGCUGUAAGAAGAAUGGGUCUGACAGCGGUUCCAUCUCUCAGCAACACUUUGCCUGCAAUGCCUGCAGUGUCUCCGGCCUGGAUGGGUCGAUUGUCACCCCGCUGUCCAUGUCGCCACCAGAGCCGCCCGGAUCCUCUGACCCAACCAAACCCACAGGGAGGCAACGCACUUACUGCCCCACCUGCUCACCGUAUGACUCGCCCUUCUACAUCCGUACCACUGAUGAAAUGCGCAACGGUGGCGAGCGCAUCACCUACAUGCCCACGCACUAUGAGAACCAGGCGCUGGCCAUGCCGCUGCCCUCUGUCCGAGGCUCCCUGCUGAGGGACACUCACAGAGGGCGGCCUCCGGAGUUUUACACCAACACCAGAGCCGUCAGCACUGAGGUGUGACCAACCCCCGAAAAACCCCAACACCACCCAUACACACACAGACACACCUGUCUUCACUCACGCACACACACCAGCACCAACACUAACAGGACCGCAAACUUAGUUUUGACACCUACUGCAGCUGCCAGUGAGGAUCUGCAGCAUAAAGGCCCACUGUUUGUGAAGGUUAUCACAUUUGUUUAGGGUUUGGGGGGAUUAAAGAGAGAAUUGUUUUAGCCGACUGCUGAAAGUGACAAGCAAGGAUCACUCUCAAAGCUAGUUUCUCACUUUAUACCCUUACAUUUUAAGUUUUCAUGUUCAGUAAGAUAGUAAUUCUGUAAUUGAUGGUAGAUUAAACUGUAGUUUUCUUGUAAGAAAAUGUCUCUAUGCUCCCACAUGAAGGGUAUGGUUGUAAACUUGUAAUCUGUCUGUUGACUGUUACUGUGUCUUUACUGACUGAGGGCUAUCUUAGAUAAAUUAUGUUUUCCCCCUGCUACACAUCUUCCUACUGACUGCCAAAAAGACAAAAAAGGAGUAUGAUGCAGUAAAUAUGAAGCAAUGUUUUCAUGAUAAGCAGAAGGCAGACUGAAAUACAUUUGAAGAAGUCCCAAGAAUUGAACAUCCCAUCUGCAGUUUUCUGGAUCUCUGGAAACAUGCUUGAGUUACAGGAAAGGUGGAAGAGGACAAACGACCUGAACUUUCUCUAUGCAAGCUGUCUGGCAAACCACUGCAGCUCUUCAUUUCCAGUCUGCUUCUUUCAGCAGUUUUUGUUCCAUCGGGUGAGAUAUGGUGAUGCUGCACAUGUAGAUAGACAUACAAGCAUUUAAACCUGGAUCAUGGAUACAGUAGCUCUCCUGGGUUGCUAGAUCCACACUGAACCUCCUCUUUCUCCCCCAAGGUGUAAAACAUGUGAACGAGCAAGGGCGCCUGAGCCCUUGAAUGCAACAGUGGAAAGCUUGAAAUGAACUGAGUGAAUUUCUCUUUUGACCGUGAUGCAAAAAGUUUGAUAUGUAAAUAUUCACCAGAAGGCAACAAACACGUCUCUUGAUCCCAUUGUGUUCUCUAUGGACAGAGAUGCACCCUGAGAUUUGAUGUAUUUUGAAUGAGGGAGUGUGAUUUACUAGUUUGUGCUAAUUUGUCCACACACUCCUCCUAUACUCCUGUACUACUCUCAUGUUGAAUCUGUGAAAUGCAAAUAAUCAUGUCAUUUCUUUUAAUUUUUUUUUUCAUAUUGUGAGAAGUCAGAUUACACGUUUAUGUGAUAGAGAACCUUUUCACAGCAUUCAUUUUUUUACAUAACACUUACCCAACAUUGCCUGUCAUACACAAUAAUAUUUCCAGUGAUAUUUGUCUUUAUAUUUAUGUGUACAGCAGGAUGCAGUGAGGCUGAAUAAGCAGUGCAAGUAACCUUAAGGACUUGAAUGGUGUGAUAAUUGUUAUUUGACAAGAUUUUCGGACAGGCCUGGUGUUAUCAUUCACAUCAUUCACACAUUAAUCUGUUAAACCCGGGAGCAUCAUCA